UGGAUGCUUGAUGUUGCACAGCAACAAUAAUUGUCCUCUGUCGAGAGCUGAAACACAAUACGUACAUUGUUUCGACCAUGUCUCCGGCGUCGUCCAUGGCUCUCCAUGGCCACGUCGUCGUGCUCUCCCUCCUUGCGCAUUGCAUCGUAGUACCUUCUUCGGCCGCCGUCGAUUUCAUCUACAAUGGGUUCCAGCACGCCGCUGACCUGAGCCUAGACGGAUCGGCGUCGGUCUUGCGUGGCGGCGCGCUUCAGCUUACAAACGACAGCACCAACCUCAUGGGCCACGCCUUCUUCGCCCCGCCGGUGCCGAUGCUCGUGAACAAGGCCGUCGUCUCCUUCAGCACGGCCUUUGUUUUCGACAUCGUGACCGUGGGCAGAGGCGGCGGACAUGGACUGGCCUUCGUGGUCGCUGCUUCCAAGGUGCUCCCUGAGGCAAGCGCCGAGCAGUACCUCGGCCUCCUCGGCAAGGGGAAUCUGGGCAACUCCUCGAACCACGUCUUUGCCGUCGAAUUCGACACGGUGCAGGCGAGCGGGCUCCUAAACGAGACCAACGGCAACCACGUCGGCGUCGACUUGAACAGCCUCGUGUCAUCCUUGUCGGAGCCGGCCGGGUACUUCACCGACGACGGCGGCAGGAACGUCUCGGUGCCGCUCGAGAGCGCGCAGCCGAUCCAGGCGUGGGUUGAGUACGACGGCCGCGCCAGGGUCCUCAACGUGACCAUCGCUCCCGCGUCCGUACCUACGCGGCCACACCGACCGCUCAUAUCGCACGCCAUUGACCUCACGACGAUCUUUAAGCAAGACAUGUACGUCGGCUUCUCGGCGGCGACCGGGAAGCUGGCAAGCUCGCAUUACAUUCUCGCUUGGAGCUUCCGUACCGACGGAGUUGCACAAUCCAUCGAUCUCUCCCGGCUGCCGAAAGUCCCGAAGACGCCGGCUCCUCCACCUUCCAUGUCCACCGUCAUCAUGAUCGUCGCUCUGUCUUGCGCCGCCACGCUGGUCAUGGUCGUCGUGGCGAUCGGUGCCGCGCUCUGGCUACGGCGAAGGGCAGCGCUCGCCGAGACGCUGGAGGAGUGGGAGCUGGACCACCCACACAGGUUCCCGUACAAGGAGCUGUACAGGGCGACAAAGGGGUUCAAGGACAGUGAGCUCCUGGGCGCCGGUGGCUUCGGCCAGGUGUACAGAGGCGUGCUCCGCCGCUCCGGUGACACGGUGGCCAUCAAGAGGAUCUCAAGCAACGGGUCGCAGGGGAUGCGCGAGUUCGUGGCCGAGAUCGCGAGCCUCGGGCGCAUGCGUCACCGGAACCUAGUGGAGCUGCGCGGGUGGUGCAAGCGCGGGCAAGACCUGCUUCUGGUCUACGACUUCAUGCCCAACGGCAGCCUCGACGCGCACCUAUUCGGCGCCGGCGUAUCCCCGUCGCCAGCCAUGCUCUCCUGGGAGCAGCGCGUGAGGAUCCUCAGGGGCGUCGCGUCGGGGCUGGUGUACCUUCACGAGGGGUGGGAGCAGGUGGUGGUGCACCGCGACGUGAAGGCCAGCAACGUGCUGCUGGGCGCGGACAUGAGCGCGCGGCUGGGCGACUUCGGCCUUGCGCGCCUCUACGAGCACGGCGCCGACCCUGCCACGACACGCGUCGUCGGGACGCUGGGCUACAUGGCGCCGGAGCUCACCGUGACGGGCAAGGCCACCACGGCCAGCGACGUGUUCGCCUUCGGUGGCCUGCUUCUAGAGGCGGUGAGCGGGCGCCGGCCCAUCGACCCGGCCACCGGCGUGAACCUGGUGCGCUGGGUGCGAGACCACGGCGUCAAGGGCGACCUGGUGCGCGCCGUGGACGAGAGGCUCGACGGAUGGUAUGACAAGGAGGAGGCGAGGCUGGUGCUGUGGCUGGGUCUCGUUUGCAGCCAGUGGCAACCGGGGGCACGGCCUAGCAUGAGGCAGGUCUGCCAGUACCUCGAUGGCGAGGAGGAGAUGCAGGAUGAUGCCGUGCUCCUCAUAUCCGACGUCGACUCCAUCGACUUCGGCUCCUUGAAGUCCCUGACAUGGUCGUCCUGCGCGACUAUGUCUGCCGGCUCGCUGCGCGGUGGUCGAUGAAUAUGGUUGUUUCUGCGGGCUUCCACCAAAUUCACGCGAAACUGAGUUUUUUCGCUCCUCGAUCAGGCGUUUAUGUGUUAAUUUGCAGCCGCUAUGGAUCUGCUUAAUCGCCCAAUAUUGCCUGAAUGGAUCCACUCGUGCAUUUGAUGGUUAAGAUUCAACUAAU